GCUUAAUAACAAGAUUCAGAAAAAGCUUCGCUCUGUCGGUCGUCUUACCUUGCUCCUUCCUUGCUUGUUCCUUAGACCUUCGCUUGACAUUCGCUAGACGUUCGGGGGGUUUUGGUGUGAGUAGAGUUCUUGAACAGAGGAAUUAUAUAAUGCUCAAAACCACAAGGAGGCCUAAAUCAUCUUUCAACAUCACACCACCCUCCCAGCCCUUGAAGUUCAAGAAAUACCUGGUAGUACUUGCCUUCGCGCCUUUGCCGAUCCCAUUGAGCAACCGACUGCCACCCACUGAGACGGCAAUCCACCGUUUUGUCGUAUGGCUCCUACUGGAUUCCGAGAGUUGCCUUGCCUUCCGACUUCAAGAAGCUCCAGCGGCGGCAGUUCUCGCUUCCCUCCCGCAUUUCCGGCCGGAUGGGUGAUGCCCAAGACCUCCUCAUCUCAGCCAUGCCGGACGAGCCUGAGAAAUCGCACCCCAUUUGAGCAGAAGGAACGUGCCCUUCUUUGCUGAUGAACAAACGAAGGCCCAAGAGGCGGAAAUUCUUAGCGAUUGUCGAAAUCCAUCAGGGAAGAGAGACGCAGAGAUAGACACCGCCACAGUUGCCGCUCCUUUUCCUCUCUUAAUCUCUGCCCCGUGAGGAAACGCUAACCACCUCUCUUCCCUUACUCCUCUCUUGCGAAUUUCCCGUCGCCCUCGACAUCUUUGACAAAAAUCUGUUAUGGGAGCUGCCUUUACCACCAUCCCCGGCAUUUUACAUCGUAUUCCUCUGCCUCUGCCUUAACCUCUCUCUUUUCCCCUAACCCUCACAUUUAUACUUCUGCUAUUCUUCUGCUCUCACUGUCGUUCUUCGGGAAUGGUCGGUAAUAGACGGGCAGAGUUCUCGACUAGAUGACGAUCAGAUGCAUUUCACAGUGAAGGAGCAUAAAUUCAAAGUGUGGGUUCUUUCUUUGAGUCUGAAUUGGUCUUGUGAAAGUUGGAGGAAGUGAUUGGAGCAUAGUGAAGAUUGAUCUCGUUCUACAAGUGAACCAUUUUUUUUUGCCCUUUUUCACUCUAAAAAUCUUUUCGUUGGUGUUGUCGUUGCUUUAUUUUUCCUUGUCAAGUUGUUGAAUUCUGGAGUCACACCUGAAUGAUAGUAUUAAAAAAUUCGUCUUCGGAUGUGAUUUUUUCUUUUAGGUCUCUUAAGUUUUUUAGCUUUGCUCAAGAACCACCAAACUCGUGAUCGUUUAGAGUUUAUAGGAACAGGGGAACUUGGCAUCCAUUAAUCUCGAUCUUAUCAAGCAUAGGCUUCUGAGUCAGAGCACAUCUCAAAAGCUUUAUGGUUCAUCUCAAAGCUUUAAGCUUAGUCUUCUACGCACAUCCCAAAACCCUUAUGGUUCUAUUGCGGGGAAAAACCCUUAACCAUAAACAGCUUUUGAGAAUAGAGGACAAAUGAAGUCUAAAAUUGAUAAUCUAAAACUGAAUCUAUAAAUAUCAGCCUAUAUUACCACGUUAAAUUCUUCAUGUGCAUCAAACAUGAUUAAAUUUACCACGUUAAAUUAUUUUUGUGCAUCAAACAAAGUUAAAUUUACCAUGUUAAAUUCUUUUUGUGCAUCAAACAAGGCUUUAGAUUGAAAGAGGAAGAAAUUUUAUCUUGUAAAUAUUUUUAAAAAAAUUUACUAUAGUAAAUUUACCAUGUUAAAUUCUUCUUGAAGCAUUCCUUAAUUCGAUGAUUUACCUUUUUUCCGUUUUCAUUCAUAUUAAACUGAAAUAAAAUUUUCUUAAAACAUAAAUCUAAAUCCAGCAAACACAAAGGGGUUUUGAAAAUCUGGAUUUUGUUUUUAUUUUUUAAGUUUCUCAAAUAAGUUUCUAAAACUUUUUUCCAACUCGCAUCAAACGGCCCCUAAUGUAUAUGGGGAAUCUCUUUCGCCCAAUUUGAUUGCAAACUAAAAUUUAUGUAGAAAAACAAACAAAGUCACAGCCUCACCAUGAGAGUGUCAAAAUUGCCCAUCACGAGUCCCAUUUUUGGUAGAACACAAAGUCCAGUUGAAACCAAUCUGAAAUCAUUAAUGUUUGUUGAGGCCUUUCUUUUCCAUAUUAUAAGCCGUAACAUUUUGAUGAUCCAUUUUAGCUUGCAGCUACAGCUAGCUUAAACCAAGAUGCUAAUGCCAUCCUCUCAAAAAGAAUUGCUGCUAAAACAAAUUUUUGUUGAGGGCUCAAAAUGAGAUCGUCAAACAGCUAUGUUUUGUUUGGAUGGAGGGAAAGAUAAGAAAAGAGAAGGGGUGAAAAAGAAAGGGGGGAAAUGGAAUGAAAAAUGAAGGAAAAUAAAAGCAAAUGAAAGAAAAAAAGUGAUUAUAAAGCUUGUUUGAAUAAAAAUAAAAGAAUUACUAAAAUCAUCGGACUACAUAAAAAUAAAUGAUUUAAUUUAUAUUACUUUACGAUAAUACUCUAACAUUCAAUUCUAGAUGUGUAUAAGGAACACAAUGAACAGUGGCAACCCUCUGUUUAAUUGUGGCGAUGGAGACUCCGACAAUAGUUGGUAUGAUCUCAAUGGGGAAGAUUACUAUCUAAGUCUCGAGCAAUGACAGGAAUCAAAAAAAAAACAUAUUCGAACCACACAAUGUCAAAAAUAUACAUUUUUCAUUUCAUUUCUAAAUCCUUUAAUUUUAGUAGAAUUGGAUUUACAUUAUUAUUAGAGAAUUCUUCCAAUUUCCUUCAUUUUCUUUCUUUUUCUUUUGUAACCAAACAAAUUUUUUGUUUUUUUUUCUAUUUUUUUCAAUAAAUCAACCAAAAAGAAUUGAUUGUUCAAUCUCUCUUUCCCUUCCAUCCACACAUGGCUGUAGCUUAGCCAACCUCCACUCUGCUGGAUUUCGGUGGGCGGCUUCGUGUCUGGCUGCGCCUAAUCCACCUAGUUCAAUGGGAACAGAGCCGUUGCCCCUAGGUGUCCAAUUCAAAAGCAACGCGAUAAGUUUACGAUAUCAAAACGCCAGUUUAAGGAAUGGGGGAAGGCGGGAUGCUUUCCUUCCGCGGCGGUUGCUGGGCAGGCAGAGUAACGACGACGUCUCCUUCCUCCUUGCCGCCGACGAUGUCCUUGCGGGAGCAACUCACGGGAGAAAGACGGAUUCGGAAGCUUUUGAUCUGAUCGUCGUUGUUCUGUUCAGAAUUCGGAAGCUUUUUCUUUUUUUUUUCUCUUCGGUGAAGGGGCUGCUCUUUGUUUCACCUGCCAUGGACGAAGGACGCGCGCCAAGAUUCGGCCGUCCGAGGGCGCUUGGCGGCGGCGAAGCGAGCCCCCAUCUUUUCGUUGCUAAUUGCGGACCAAGGGUUGGGAUCUCUCUCGACAGGAUCGCCCAGGCGUUCGGCUGCUUCGGCGACGUCGUCGCCGUCCGGACUGCAGACGACAGCGGCGCCCGCGUCAUCGUUUCCUUCGCCGAGGUCGCCUCCGCUCGAGAUGCCAUGGUCGCACUGAAUGGAGCACGGUGUCAUCAUCUUGACGACCGGGUUCUGCACGUAUCUUACUCCUCGCAAACGCCCUUCAAGGUCAAAACAGAGAAGCCGGUUCCAGUAUCAUUGGUAGCCUCCGAUUUGGGAAUUCCUGGCAUUUACUUGUGGCCUGAGUUUGUAAGCAAAGAAGAAGAGAAGGAACUUCUUGCAGCUGUUGAUGGCAGACUGUGGAAAAAUCUUGCAAAGCGAAGGGUUCAGCAUUAUGGCUAUGAGUUUCUUUAUGAGACAAGGAAUGUGGAUGCCAAAAAGUACUUGGGUGAACUACCAUCUUUUGUUUGCCCUGUACUUGAUAAGAUAUCAUUGAUUUCCUGCCUCAAAGCGGUUGACAAAAUAACUGUUGACCAAUUGACGGUUAAUGAAUAUCCUGCUGGUGUUGGGUUGUCUCCUCACAUAGACACCCAUUCGGCUUUUGAUGAUUUCAUAUUUAGCCUUUCAUUGGGUGGUCCCUGCAUUAUGGAGUUCAGGAAAUAUUCUGAAGGUACAUGGGCUACUUCAACAGAGGUUGGCUGUCUGAAAGGAAGUGAUGCAGCUCAUGGUCCCUGUUGCAUCAGAAAGGCACUUUUCCUCCCUCCUAGGUCAAUGCUUCUGAUGUCUGGUGAGGGCCGCUAUGUGUGGCAUCACUACAUUCCACACCACAAGGUUGACAUUGUUGGUUCAGAUAUAAUUCAAAGAAGCAGGAGGGUUUCUUUUACAUUUCGUAAGGUGCAUGUGGGGCCAUGCAGAUGUGAUUUCAAGCAAUAUUGCGAUUCUCAAAGGAGCUAAUAACAUCAAGAAAGCAAAUUGUCGUAGCUAGAGCUUCAAAUGACUGCUUAGUUGUUUCCUUUUCUGAAAGGCUUGAUGUUCUCAUAGAAAGGUUGGAGUAAACUACUAGGCUACUUUAAUAGUAUAAUGUCCUUAUCUGGCUCAAACUUUUCAGUUUUCAAAUGUUUCCAUCAUCUCCAUGAAUGCGGUCGCUGCUUUUCUCUUCACUUCUUGUUUGCAAAGAGAAACUAGUUGAUGCAUCCUUCGGUUUGUCUGCUAUCCUUAUUCAAUUUUGUCUCUUUGCUCAUGUAAUGGAACAUUCUUGUGUCAUUUAAUAAGAGAAUUUUCAGAGAGUUGGGAGGUUUCUAA